CAUAGACUGCUUACCUCUUUGUGAACUAAAGAUCUAGAUCUAAUUCUAGCUGGUCACUAUGGAUUCUGAUGAUUGUGGCAUCAUAGAGCUGUCUAUUCGUAAUCAUCAAAGAGACGAGGAUAACGGUGAAGGAGACCUUGCUUCUGGCUACAGCUCAAUGGAAGAGAGCGAAGUAGCUGAAAGCAAAGGAUCAACUAAAGAAUACAAGAAAGCUGCUCUGAUAGUUAAGGAAGGAAGAGACCACGAGAAAUUUGAUUCUCUCCCGGAAAAAAAAAGAGCAUGGAUAGCAUACAGAAUACUCCACAAUCCCCUCUAUUACUGGCUUGCACUGAUACUAGCUGUAGCUAUCAUGCUACUGGCUAUAUUAGAAGAGCCAUCAACACAGACACAGAAAACAGAGAGAUCAGAUAAGGCCGUGCAUCUAUUGUCAGAGGUGUUUCUCUUAUCUUUUUUCACUACAAAUCUCAUCUUACGAUUCUUAUGGCUCGGCCCUAAAUUGUUUUUCCGAAGCCGGGCAACGAUUAUGUGUAUCAUAUUGACAAUCAUGUACCUUGAGAUCUUUGUGAUUCUCGUCACAAACAGUCGUCACAUACGAAUCACGAGGUCCCUGCGUCCAUUUAUCCUUCUUGACUCUUAUCUGAUGUAUGGUGUUCGCAGGGUCUUAAGACAAAUCUUCUUAUGCCUGAAGUACAUUAUUGAUGUAAUGCUUGCAUUAUUCUUCCUUGUUACUGUAUUCUCAUUAGUUGGUUACUUCCUAUUCACUAAUAUCAAUCCUACAUAUUUUCAUACACUAAAGGACAGUAUAGUGAGCAUGAUCAUUACUCUAACUACCGCAAACCAUCCAGAUGUAUUUAUGGAGUCAUAUCUAAGAAGUGAAUUUGCUCCAAUAUUUUUCAUGAUGUACAUGUUUGUGACUUUCUAUUACUUCAAUAAUGUUCUGCUUGCUGUUGUUUUUGCCAAAUUCAAAAGUGUUGAGAAGAGGAAGUUCAAGAAAAUAUUACUACACAAACGUGAGGCACUGUUUAGAGCCUUUGAUCUUCUCAAGAGUAAAAAUGAUGUUAUUGUCUUCACUGAUUUUCUGCAAUUUAUGAAAAAGUAUAAUCCAUGGAUGGCUCCUUAUGAAACAAUGUGCCUUUUCAAAAUACUUCAGACUUCCGAUGAAUCUGAUGAUUGUCUCACUUGGGAGGACUUUUCAAACUUUUAUGACUACGUGAACAUGAAAUGGGAACUGAUACACAAGACUGGUGCCAUUGUCACUUGGUAUGAGAAGAUAGAAAGAAUACCAUUAAACAUGAAAAUUAUCUUAUACAAUAUUCAUUUCGUGGUGAAGCAUUGGCUCUUUGACACUUUAAUUACUGUAAUUGUAUUGGCUAAUCUGUUCUACAUCAUCACAUUUAUAAUAGUACAUGAGAAGUCAUGUGAUGAUGAUGUUGGAAGUGAUCAGUUCUGUUCAGCAAGGCUAGGAAUAGCCGGUUCAUUUGUCUUUAACUUUAUUUACUUAGUUGAAGUAAAUUUGAAGUUGUUCCUCAAUGGACCAGUGAAAUACUUCAGGAAAUGGGCAAACUGGGUUGACUAUAUUCUUGUGGUUGGUAGCUUUAUCUGCCUAUGCAUUGAGAUAGGACUCAUUCAGAAUGAUGCAGACAGUCCAAGUUUCAGAUAUGUAGCCAUGAUACGCCCACUCAAAUUAUUAAGAUUGCUCCGUCUUAAAAAGAAUUAUUUCUUUUUGAUUCGUAUAUUAAUAGUACUGGCAUCAAGAAUGACAAGUGUCCUCAUCUUGCUUAUCGUUGUAUUUUAUUUCUUUUCAAUAAUCGGUAUGGAGGUGUUUACAGGAGAUAACGCUGUAUAUCCAGGUUGCUGCGUAAAUGCAUCAUUUGGUGUUGGUGUCUAUUACUCUAAUAAUGGGUCGACGUUAGAUAAUCCUGACUUGUACUGGUUGAAUAAUUUUAACACUCUUGGUCGUAGCUUUGUGACACUAUAUGAAGAAAUGGUUGUUAAUAAUUGGUUCAUUCAAAUGGAAGGAUUUGUAUCGACUGCUGGUGAAGCAGCAAGAUUGUAUUUCAUUUUAUUCUGGAUGGUGACAACACUUGUGGUCAAUAUUGCCAUAGUCUACAUUGUUGAUGCAUUUGAGUCUGGUAUAUUAGCAUUGAAAGCUAGUGAAAGUGAUGAUGAAACACCAGCAGGAGAAAUGAAGAGAAUUAAUAAAGUCAUAAUGACUAGUGUAGAGAUGGACCAGUUGGCCAGUGUCAUUCAUGAGCAGGUUAUGUACGAUUCAAGGAAAGGAUUCACAAUCAACAGAUGGAUCAGAAAACACUAUGACAUACCAGUCAGGACUAUUGAAAUGUACAAAGGAGAGUUCAGAGGUAAGAGAAUGAUGACCAAUGAUGAUUUAAGAGGAAUAAUCUAUGAAGGAGAAAUAGAAGGAUGGAAGAAAGCAUAUGAUGAGUAUCGUGCCACAAGAGAACUAAACUCCAAACCAAGGACAGAUCACAAAGCUACAGCAGGUGAAAUGAUGAAAGAAGGUUUACAGUUUACAUGGCAAAAAACAAAGAAACUAUUUAUUUAUAUUUUACGCUAAAACAACAAAUAUUACAACAAAAAAGGAAGUAGAGAACAUUAUUUAUAUGAAUAU